AUGCCGACACCUCCACACCGCAAAAUCUCCCAAAGAGCCUGCGACUUCUGCGCCAUAACAGAAUCCCCCACAACCCGCCUCCUCCGCUGCUCCGGCUGCCAGGCCUCCUACUACUGCGACAAAACCCACCAAGCAGCCGACAGACCACGUCACAAAACCGGUUGCAAAACCGUCAAAAAGGCCCGUGAAACCUACGAAACCGAAGACCAAAAGCUUCGAAAUUUCCAGGGCGACAUAAUGACCCCUUCCCACCCCUUCGAAAACUGCAUCGGCCACUUCUGGGGCAUCCUCGAAACUCGUGAUUACAUGCGAGCACGUUAUGACUUCGUUGAUACUAUAAUGCAAGUUUUUGGCGCAACCGGUGGAAGAAUUGAUGUUGUUCGAUCAUCUCUCGAGCAUUUAUUGGAUAUGUUGAGGCUUUGUAGGGGUGAUAAUAUGGGUGUUAGAGAUGUUGUCCCUGGGUUGUAUAUACGCCUUGGGAGGGAUCAAGAAGCUUAUGAUUUUUUGAAAUGGUGGGGGACGACGGCCAAACAGGAUACUUAUGAUUGGGGUGAUACCGAAUCAUCAUAUUUGGAUGUUAUGAAUGCCGAUGCCCUUGAAGAACCCGUUGGAGGGUGGAAAGGGAAAUGGAUCGAUUUAAGUCAUGCUGUAGCUGUGGUUUUGAUCAAAGUCCGCAUUCUGAUCGAUUUACAAGCUGCUCAGAACACCACCAGGGCGCUGCAUGGUACCAUCCCACAAGAGAUCAUUGAUCUCAUUCGAGACGAAAUCGGCAGUAGCGGUAUUGUCGGAUCUCAUCCUGAUAUCCUUAGAGGCGAUACGGAAAAACUUGCGAGUGUCGUUGAAACUAUCAAGGCACAGAUAAAGGAGCUUUAUAAGGAUAUCAAUGAAUACUGUCCUGACUUUUGGCCUAUGUUUCUGGGAAACCCACAGGCUGCUGCUAAUCAAAGGCCUGGUGCGUACACGCAUGGGUCGAAGGAAGAAGCUCGUUUGGCGAUUGGAUACAGUAUUGCUUCGUGGACCGAGACGGCUGGAGCUUUCGAUACGAUAAAGGCCUUGGGUCAGACCAUAUAA